AUGGCAUCCAUCACCAUCCUCACCACCCUCCUCCUCGUCAGCUGGACAUUUACCGACCUCCUCAUCCUCAUCCUCGCCUUCGCAAUCUUCUUCCUCCAGGACAGCUACACCUUCAAGGUCCACCUUGAACGCACCCCCACUCCUCUCUCCACCACCCCCAUCGAUGAACAAGCCCUCAACUGGGCCAACAACAGAACACAAGUAACGUCCCCUGUUGAGCUUACACCCACUCCCUUUACUGAUCUCCUCAGUGCCCUUCUGGGCUUCUUCCUAACCACCCUCCUAUCCAUCCUUGCCCUUGCCCUCAUUGUCCCCCUAACCCUUCGGCUCACAAUCCGACACCUCGAGUGCGAACACCAGUGGGCCUACAACAUCGCCACCACUGCCCAGUGCCCCCUCCCCCAUACCACCACCACACUUCCCGUCAUUGCUGCCAACCGCAACAGCAACAACCCAACUCAAGUGUACUUUGAGUACAUAAGAGAACAUCAGGAUUAG